CCAUGGCUCGCAUUCCUUCGUCAGUUGCCGUUUCAGCGUUCUCCUUGGUUCUCAUGAUACUCCUCUCAUUAUCUUCCGCUACGGCUGGAAACACGACCGUUUCAUUGACACCGUUCGAUGAGGCCGUUCAGAAGCUGAACGCUUCAGGCUACACCAGCUUCGUGUCGCUGGUCAAGCUUUACGGGAAACGGAAGGAAUCAACAGAUGCGCUGAAGAAACCAUUGACGAUGCUUGUGCCGGACAACGCUGCGUUUUCCCAAGGAAAUCUGACUCACUAUAACAGCGUCCAGAUUGCUACUCUUGUCGGAUUUCACGCCAUCAAAGGCUUUCUGACCAAAGCCGAGCUUCAGAUGUUGAAGCCUGGAACUCAAAUUGCCACCAUGGCAACAGACACGAAGACCAAGAAGCCUUUAAUGCUCGUCAAAAUCUCCAAAGCCAGUACGAAGAGCAAAGUUAUUCUUCAAGGAAGGCGAACCCCUGUGAAGAGCACUCUCACGAUCGUCAAGGGAGACUUUUACAUGAAACCAGGAGUACUAGCAAUUCACACCACUGACGCCAUUGCCUUUCCAACAGGGUUGUAGUGAAAGUUGAAUGCUCAAGCCGACAAACCAAGACCAAAUAAGGCAUGGAUUGGUACUUGUGAUAUUAGGUUGGGAUUUCAACGAUUCAUGAGGGAACUUACCAUUGGGCUAGAGAGAAUAAUCCAUGUCAUGCUAGUUCUAGAGUUUCACCAGUCAGUUUUUUUAUUGCACUCCUGUAGUUCACUCCUUUCUUCCUUGAAAGCGAAGUGUGCUUGUUUAUGGUAAAUGAUUGGCUGGGAAGUGUCAAGUCCGCUGUAUAAACCGAAACUUUGUGUCGUAUCGAAACGUCCUCGUCUUGUGCAUCUGCUUUCCAUCAUGGAACCAGCAGGUUCUCACACCUAAACUGCAGAAUGCGAAUUGGUUUCAUGGUUGGCCUGGAUCCAAUUGAAUUUCGUGCUGAAAAUUCUUUGCUCCACUACACUUCGCCUCACUUUCUGUACCUCAUACACACUCCUUUCUGCUGGUUAUACCUCGGAUUAUCUAAAUCUCCGUCAUGGCGGGAAAACGAAUUACCUUACGUGUACGAAGCCGCGACGGCCUGGAGCGAGUUCAGCUGGACGAAUCAAAGGCCACGGUUUCCGGCCUCCGCGCGCAAAUCUCGCAGCAGCUCGCCAUUCCGCUGGCCGAACUGAUCCUCUCUACCGACCAAGCCCUUCUCCUCUCCUCAGACCCGGAAAAGUUUAAAGACCUAGCGAAUUCUUCCGUUUCGCUAGAAUCGCUAGGUAUAGGACAUGGAAGCAUAGUGUUCGCGAAAUACAGUGUGUCGCGAACUGUCGCAGGGCCUCCAGUGCCUGUCGUCCCCGCGGGGUCGUUCGGGCGACACAUGACGGUGAACGACAUGGUCGCGCGACAGAUGCGUAUCGAGCGACAGGAGGCGUCGCACUGCCAGCAGGUGUCAUUCGAUCGUGAUGCUGCUAACGUGUUUCAGCACUAUGUGCAUGACACUCUAGCCUUCUCCAUUAAGCGAGGAGGGUUUCUUUACGGGGAGGUGCGGGAGGAUGGGCACGUGCUGGUGGACUUCAUUUACGAGCCGCCACAGCACGGAACAGAGCACACGCUGCAGAUCUUUACUAAUGAGGCUGAGGAGAGGGCAGUAGCGGCGAUAGCAGCAGGGCUGGGCAUGCGGUGUGUGGGGUUCAUCGUCACUCAAACCCUAGCAGAGGACGAGAAAGCCCAGGAGCACUCCUUCACUCUCUCUGCCUCUGACGUCCUCCUGGCUGCUAGAUUCCACUGCGCCACCGCCAUUGAUAGCAGUGGGGGGAAGGCGGGCGAGGGGGGAGAGGGAGGAGAGGGAAACGGGGAGAGACGAGGCGAAGGGGAAAGAGACGGGGGAGGAGGAGGGAAGGAGGGAGAGAAGGAGGGGGAGAAAGGGGGCGAGCCGUUUAAGGACUUUGCAGUGGUGCUGGUGAAACUGCUAGUGGACGAGGAGGGGGAGGGGGGCGGGGACGUGCACUUUGAGGCCUUUCAACUAAGCGACCAGUGCCUAAAGCUGUACCGAGAGGGGUGGUUCGCUGGGGAUGGGCGAGACGAGGGAGAGGGAGCGGAAGGUGGGAAGCAGGACCCAGGGGCGGGUGGGGGAAGGGAUAAGGGGAAGGGGAAGGUGGGGGAGAAGGAGGGGAAGGGAAAGAAUGCGGAGGAGAAGGAGGAGGAGGAUGAUCCCAAGGUUUCGAGAAUGCGAAAGCAGGUCGUGGUGGCGGGGAGGGACACGUAUGAGGUGGACAACGACUUCUUCCUCAUGCCGGUUAAGAUUGUGGACCACCAGGGUCCUCUCUCGACAUCUUUCCCAGUGGAAAACCGCAUAAUUCUUCCCACCCAGAACGACCUCAAGCAGCAUUUGGAGCGCAGCCGCUCUAAGGCGUGGGCCGACCGGCUGGCUGACUUCCACCUGCUGCUCUACCUCAGUAACUUCCUGGACGCUUCCACAGACAUGCCCAUGCUGGCGCAGGCAGUGCGCACUAAGGAGCCAAUCAGCGAGGGCCACCAGCUCAUUAUCGAGCACUUGGCAUAGUGUAGCGUCUGUUGUAGCUUCUAGUGUAGCUAGCUACCUUUUUUGCUACAACUCACCUAGGAAUCACGAGGUACCCACUUCUAGUUAAGAACCCCCCCACUCUUGACGAUCAGAAGGAGCAUUUGGAGAGCAUAUCCAAGGUGUUGUGCAACAGCUUGCUUUCCUGCACCCGCAGCUCUACCUCUGCAACUUUCUAGAUGGUUCCACUUUCACA